AUGACGUAUUGGCCCAUCUCCACUCCCUCCGUCUUCGCGGCCACCAAGAAUACGAAUCUCGAGCGCACACCAGUAUCCCAUGAUGGCACUGACCAAGCGUCGCAAAGUGAACGAGAUGGCGCGUCUGAGGUCGAGGUCGAGUCCGACGACAAGAGCGACAAGGUCACGGCAUCAGAAAGAACUGAAGGGUUGAAAGAGCAAGGAAAGGAGCAGACAGCGCAUAAAACAAACACGCCUGAUCACUUCGCGGAAGAUGACGUGCACGGCGAGAUUGUUGCUAUUCAAGUGACAAGGAGUGGACAAUUGUUCGCUACCCUCACUCGAACCACGUUAACUAUCUGGCAGACAAAGCCCACCGUUAUCUUAGCCUCCGUCCUACGAUCACAGAAGUCGUUGAAGACUUACGGUCCAAACACGGACAUUCUGCUUCGCCCUGACUCCCAGAUAUUCGUUAUUCAGACUACGCUUGGCUUCUUGAUCACAUACUCGCUCGCAACAGACCACUCGUCUCGUGUAUACAAGACACAGUUCACAGACACGCAUGGGACGCAUUCAAGAAGAAGCAGUGCCAAUGGAUUCAAACUACAGCGUCAGCAUGAUACCAAUGCUGGGCCUGGGGAGGGCAGCGGUUUCAAGGAGCUUAGUCUCCGUUUCCGUAUGGUCAUACGUGUCGAUGCUGGGAUUGUAAAGGCUCUGGCCCUUGACAACGAGCUCGUCGUGGCGACUGCAAAGCCGGCCGCGAUUCAGUGCAUCCGAUGGGCACCGGAUAAUCAAGGGAGUCAGACAAGUACAGAAGUCCUUACUAAAAUGAGCUGGCUUAGGAAGAAGCCUGCCCUUGUCGACAUGACCCACGAUCGACCUAUGAAUCUGUCGUGUUGGAUAACUGAAGAGGGUCAAGCAUACGCUGUUCAAAGAUCAAAACCAGGUCUACAGCGUGAGGGGAGUGUUCCGCAGAAUCUCUUCCAAGGAUAUGGCUUCCAUACACCCGAAACGAGUGGCGAGAAGGGAGUGAAGGCUGCGAUCAAUGCUCGAUUCUCGCUGCUUGCUGUGGGAUGUGAAAACAGCGACAUCUACGUCUACACAGUUCGAGACUAUACUGGCAACAUUCCAAUCUCGCACAAGCUACAACCCAACACUUCCUCUGCUGGCAAGCUGAACGUGUUGACAUACUCACCGGAUGGAUAUUGCCUGUUUGCUGGUUACGAGAACGGGUGGGCCAUGUGGAGUGUGUAUGGUAAACCAGGUGCCACUAGCUUCACGACCGACCGAACCAUCUCAGAGACGAAUGGCGAGGGAUGGCUACUCGGCGUGAAAGAUGCCUUUUGGAUUGGCGGAGGCGCUGAGCUGCUGAUCUUAGGCAAUAACGAUAACCGACUGUUCGUUGUCGAGAUGGCCAGAAGCGCUGUGACCGGAUGCUUUUCGUCGGCCAAUGUGUCAAGGUCUCUUAUGCAGACAAGCACAGGUUUUAUGAUAUACCGAGGCUAUGAUUUGCCUGAUCUGACAACCAUUUCUGCGGAACUAUCACUCUGGCACAACGUACAGGUGCCAUCGCACUAUCUCGUUGACCAGUGGCCCAUCAAAAGCGUGGUAAUAUCCAACGAUGGUAGGUACGUUGCAAUCGCUGGAAGGAGAGGACUUGCGCACUACAGUGUCAAUAGCGGACGAUGGAAGACUUUCGAUGAUCCGUUUGUUGAGAAUGAGUUCACAGUCCGCGGUGGUAUGUGUUGGUUCCAGCACGUGCUUAUUGCGGCAGUGGAAUCGCAGAAUUCCCAUGAGGUUCGAAUCUACUCACGUGAAUCAGCGCUCGACAACAGCCAUAUCAUGCAUGUGCAGAGGCUGCCAGCCCCCAUCGUACUCAUUGCGCCCUCCGGAGAAGACUCGCUCCUUGUCUACACGUAUGAGAACAUACUUUAUCACUACGUCAUGGGCGUUUCUGAUGCUACGGUGAACUUGAUACAAGUCGGUCAGAUUGCCCUACAGGGCAUUAUUCGCGCACCCACUAGAGUAAGGGCACUCAGCUGGAUGCUGCCAGAAGAUCAAAUUCAUCAUGGUGACCCAUCGCAAGAUGUGUCUGUUGCUACAAUUCUGUUUCUCGUCGACGGGAAGCUUGUGCUGCUUCAGCCUACGACGACCGGAGGUGGUGAACUCAAGUACGAAAUGCGAGUCAUCGCACACAACGUGGAAACGUACGCGUUGAUGCGUGACCAUCCUGCCUUUGCACUAGAAUCUCACGAAGAUUCUCUACCACCCAGCCCUUCAGUAGGGUUGACAAUGAAUGGUGUCCACGGUCAUGGUCACGAUUUACGGGAUUCGUUAUGGUAUUUUGACGGUCAGGAUAUGAAAGUAUGGAUCGACAUGCAAGACGUGCUUGCGUCUGCAUCUCCAGAGCUUGGUAGAGAUCUGCCUACGCCUGUCCAGAUUCCUGUCGAUUUCUAUCCUUUGUCUGCUCUGCUCAACAAAGCGAUCAUCUUCGGUAUAGAGUCAGAGCUAGUGCAGCGCAGGGACACCAGCUUUGCGUAUCUGCGGUUUGGAACGCGGGUACGUUCGAGUGGUGCAGCCAUGGCGACAAGCGACUAUAAGCUGACAUGCAUUGCAGACACACCUCUUCCUCCCCGCAACGCUACGCUAUCACUUAGCGCAGUAUAACCACCCUGCAGCCCUACAUCUUAGCCACCACUACCAGCAUCUGCUGUAUUUUCCGCACGCCCUCGAGAUCUUACUGCAUGAGAUCCUUGACGAAGAAGUCGACACCCAACCCCCGCCAGAGCAGGCGCUACUACCAAGCGUGUUGUCAUUCCUGAGCUCGUUCCCGCAAUAUCUAGACAUUGUCGUUCAAUGCACGCGCAAGACAGAAGUUCGUUCUUGGCGGACACUGUUCGCAAACCUGCCGCCGCCAGAGGAACUAUUUGAGGAGUCGCUCCAGAAAGGCAACUUGAAGACUGCAGGAGGCUAUCUACUGGUCCUACAUACGUUCGAAGAACUGCGAUCUACCGGCGAUCAGGUAGUUCGCUUACUGCAGCGCGCGAAGCAAGAGCAGGACUGGGAGCUUUGCAAAGAACUGGCGCGCUUCCUCAUGGCCCUCGACGAAUCGGGCGCAACCCUCCAACGAACACUGGAGCUAGUGGAGCUUAAGACGCCGUCAGCAGAACCGAGUUACGGGCAGUCUCACUUUACAUUUGAGACACCUCGUCUAAGUAUUCCUACAAGGGGUCGGGCCGGUACGAAUGGAUACCGAAAGGAUUGUGACGAAUCGAGUGGUAGUCGGAGUCCAGCAGAGAGCAGCGUUAGUCCUGGCGGACGAGGAGCAGGUCGCAGGAACACUACUGCACAAGAGCCGACCGACUACUUUGGCGUUGGUCUGGGGAGCCCGCUUGGACGACAUUGA